AUGUCUCCCAUUUCAAAACCAGUCUUCUUCUUCUUCCUCUUCUUCUUCCUUAACUAUGCUUCUCUCUCAUCCUCUCUAUCUCUCCACCUCCCUCUCACGUCACUCCCACUCAACUCUCCCUCCUCCCACUUCACCACCUCCCUCCUCUCCCGCCGUAACCCAUCUCCGUCGUCUCCUCCGUACAACUUCCGAUCAAAAUUCAAAUACUCAAUGGCUUUAAUCAUUUCUCUCCCUAUCGGAACUCCUCCACAAACCCAACAAAUGGUUCUCGACACCGGAAGCCAACUCUCUUGGAUCCAAUGCCACCGUAAAAAGAAGCUCCCUCCUCCCACAACCUCCUUCGAUCCUUCCCUCUCCACUUCCUUCUCCGACUUGCCUUGCUCUCAUCCUCUCUGUAAACCCCGUAUUCCCGAUUUUACCCUUCCCACUUCUUGCGACUCCAACCGCCUCUGCCACUACUCUUACUUCUACGCAGACGGAACCUUCGCCGAGGGUAAUCUCGUCAAAGAGAAAAUCACUUUCUCUAUUACCGAAAGUACCCCUCCUUUGAUCCUUGGUUGCGCUACCGAGUCCUCCGACGAUAGGGGUAUUUUGGGUAUGAAUCGUGGCCGUCUCUCUUUCGUUUCGCAAGCUAAGAUUUCGAAAUUCUCUUACUGUAUACCACCACGGUCGAACCGUCCCGGUUUUACUCCGACCGGUUCGUUUUACCUCGGGGAAAACCCGAAUUCUCAUGGUUUUAAAUACGUCUCUCUUUUGACUUUUCCCGAGAGUCAGCGCAUGCCGAAUCUAGAUCCUCUUGCGUACACUGUGCCGAUGAUCGGGAUCCGAAUUGGAGGAAAGAAGCUUAACAUUUCCGGUUCGGUUUUCAGACCGGAUGCAGGCGGGUCGGGUCAAACCAUGGUUGAUUCAGGAUCCGAGUUUACUCAUUUGGUUGACGCGGCUUACCAUAAAGUGAGAGAAGAGAUAGUGAAACUUGUGGGGCCGAGACUUAAAAAGGAUUACGUGUAUGGUGGAACAGCAGACAUGUGUUUUGUGGGAAACCCGAUCGCGAUCCAACGGUUGAUAGGCGAUCUUGUGUUCGAGUUUACGAGAGGAGUUGAGAUACUCGUUUCGAAAGAGAGGGUUCUGGUUAACGUAGGAGGCGGGGUCCACUGUCUUGGCAUCGGACGGUCGAGCAUGCUUGGUGCAGCUAGCAACAUAAUCGGGAACGUUCAUCAGCAAAAUCUGUGGGUUGAGUUCGAUGUGACCAAUAGGAGAGUGGGUUUUGCUAAGGCUGAUUGUACUAGAUUACCGUGA